UUAUAUUUUGAUUAUUAUAAUUUAUCAUAUAGAACUAGUAUGAUGGAAGGUUCUGGUUCAUUGGAACAGCAACUGGAAGCUCUUCGUAUCAAGGCUACAGAAGUAAGAGCCCGUCGUGUUGACUUAAAGAAAAUUGAAGAAUUGGGAGCAUUACUAGAAGAACAUUUGAUAUUGGACAAUCGCUACACAGAACAUUCAACUGUUGGGCUGGCCCAGCAAUGGGAUCAGCUUGACCAACUAUCAAUGCGUAUGCAACACAACUUAGAGCAACAGAUACAGGCGCGUAAUCACUCUGGAGUGUCAGAGGACUCACUGAAGGAAUUCUCAAUGAUGUUCAAGCACUUUGAUAAAGACAAGAGUGGCAAAUUGAAUCACCAAGAAUUUAAAUCGUGUCUGCGUGCACUCGGCUACGAUCUGCCUAUGGUGGAGGAAGGUCAACCUGACCCAGAGUUCGAGGCCAUUCUCAAUGUUGUGGAUCCGAAUCGUGAUGGACAUGUUUCAUUGCAGGAAUACAUAGCAUUUAUGAUUUCUAAGGAAACAGAGAAUGUGCAAUCCUACGAAGAAAUCGAGAAUGCUUUCCGCGCAAUCACUGCCUCCGACCGCCCCUACGUAACAAAGGAAGAGCUUUACUGCAACCUAACCAAGGACAUGGCGGACUAUUGUGUGCAGCGUAUGAAACCCUAUGUGGAACCCCGUUCAGGCCAAUCAAUAAAGGACGCUCUCGACUAUAUCGAGUUUACGAGAACACUUUUUCAAAAUUAAAUGAAGAGUUAUAUUAAAAAUUUAAAUAUUUCCCCUAACACCAAAUCAAAAUAUUUCCCCAAUCCUUGGAUAGUAUAGAUGUAAGCAUUAUUCACUCCUUGUACUAAAGUUUCGCUUACAAAGGUAAAGACAAACGGCGAAAUACAAGACAUGAAGAUUUUUGUAUCCCCAC